UGAAAUGUCACAUUCUGCUGAGUGUUAACUAUUGCUAACCAAAAACAUUAUGUUUCAAAUCCAUAAAAAAUUGAAAUUUAAUUAUUAAUAAUAAUUUAAAAAAAAAAGUAUUAUCGUAAUGUGACGAAUAAAAUUUAUAUUAUUAGAGAAUUUUUAAAGAAAAUCAAUAUUUCGGAAUUUAUAUAUAUAUAUUAGAUAUAAACUAUGAAUUUUAGAGACAGUAGUGAGGAAGAAGACACUCAUAAUAUUUCAGCAUUUACAAAAUUUGAUGAAACUAUCCAAGUUCGAAAUGCCGAAGAAGUUAAGAGUCCUAUUUCGCGAAGGCCUUCUGCCAAAAGAAGAAAUUCGCGAAAUUUCUCUAGUGACACAUCGGGAAAUGAUAUAAUUUCUCCCAAAACGAAAAACAAUUUUAACAAAAGAAAUUCAGAACAGGAAUUCAAUUUUACAAAACCAAUAAAUGUUGGAAGCGAUCUCUCAGACACAGAUGAAACUGACGAAGAUGAUAUUCAAGCAUCGACAGCAAAAAUUAUUGAAAUCUAUGAUCCUAAACAAUUUGAGGAUUUACAAGUGUCGUCAGAAGUUAGGGAACUUUUUCAAAAUAUACAAAGAUAUGUGCCGCAAAAAAUUGAUUUAAAUUACAAGUUAAUACCAUUUAUCCCGGAUUAUAUUCCAGCAGUGGGCGAUAUAGAUGCUUUUAUAAAAAUUCCCAGACCCGAUGGAGUGUCAGAUAAAGUGGGUAUUGUUGUAUUGGAUGAGCCAUGUACAAAUCAAUCGGAUCCAGCUGUUUUGCAUUUACAAUUACGCAGUCAAAGUAAAAGUGCAACUAAAAUAAGAUAUUCGGUGGUAAAACGUGUGGAAAAUGCUGAGAAAAAUGGCAAAGCAAUUGACAAAUGGAUUGAGGAUAUGAAUUUAUUGCACAGUAGAAAACAUCCAUUAACUAUUAAUUUGACAAAAAAAUUUCCCGAUAUUGAUACAUUACUUCAACAAUGGCCAACUGAAGUUGAAGAAAAAUUGAAUGAUACUCCAAUUGAUAUUUCAAAAUUGGAUUGUGAUAUUUCAACACUCGUGGAUUUAGUUUGUAAUCUUGUGGAUAUACCAAUUUACGAAAAUGCACGACUUGAAUCACUUCAUUCUCUAUUUUCAUUAUUUUUGGAAGUUAGAAAUUUAAAGGAACAACGAUUUUAAUUUUUGAAAAAAAUAAACACGCCAAUUAUUUUUAAUUUAAUUCAUUUAAUAAUAAUUAUAAUAUUAAUUAUUAUAUAUGUAUAUGUAAAAUGUGAAAUUGUAAAUAAUAUCAAAGAAUUGCAGUGUAACUAAUAAUUAUUGUGUAAAGUAUUUUUAAAAAUA